ACGAUGGGAUGGGUGCAGCCGCUUUCCUGAAGAAGAAAGAAGGGGCUGGCGAGGGACGUGGCAAGUUCCUCAAAAAGAUGGAGGAUGAAGAUGAGGAGGAAGAGGAUUCCGAUGACGACGAAGACUGGGGUUCGUCAGAUUCAGAAUCCGACUCUGAGUCAGACGAGGAUGAAGGCAAAUACACCUCGUUGGCCUCCAGAUUCCUUAAGAAAACUGGAACGGAAGAGGAUAAGAGAGUUCUGGAGAAGAAGCGUGAGGAGAAGGCCAAGAAGAAGCAAGACCGCAAAUCCAAGAGAUACGAGGACGAUGAGGAUGACAACGAAAGUGGCGAGUGGGAGAAGGUCAAGGGAGGCGUCCC